AAAGAAGGCAGAGAUGAGCAGAAACCCCUUGUCUGACACUCAUACAGUUGCCAUGGACCUGCAGAAGCAGUGGGAGAACACAGAAACCAACUGGCAGAAGGAAAAGAUGGAGUUACUGGACCAGUUUGAUAAUGAAAGAAAAGAAUGGGAAAGUCAGUGGAAGGUCAUGCAGAAGAAGAUCGAAGAGCUUUGCCAGGAAGUAAAGCUGAGGAGGAAAAUGAACAUGAAUGAACAUUCUAAGGUUAUUAAUCUUGAUCAUGUUCGAGAUAAAAUGGAAUUCCCUCCAAAUCUCCCCAGUUCAAGACAAUGUGAAUUCAGAGUGACAAAUCACCAAGAUGGUCUGGUAAAGGAAAACAAAGUAGAAAGAGACUUCCUCAGGGAAGGAAAUCAAGUGUACAGAAAACAAAACGUACCCCCGGAAAGCAAAGUAGGGCUUCUGAAUCUGGUGGCCACAGAAGAGAAGGCGUGUGAUGUGUGCGCUGACAGGAGGCCUUCGGAGGAGGAGAGUACAAACUGUUCUGUUGCCCUUAACACAGCUCUUGACGAACUCGCAAAAGUUAGUGAAGAACUGUGUACCUUUCAAGAGGAAAUCCGAAAGCGCUCUAACCACAGAAGGAUGAAGUCUGAUUCUCUUCUCCAGGAAAUGCCAAAUGAAAUCAGUGUACCUCAUGGGCACCACUUGAUCAGUAAUGGCCAGGGCAUCCUUCCAACCAAUAGGGAGAAAGAAAAACAGAAAAAGAAUCUGAGCUGUGCCAACGGACUCCAAAACAAUUCUAUGAAAAACUGUGGAAUUGGUUUAAUUGACUUACAAAGAAGUGAAACUCCUCCAGUUCCUCCUCCAAGAAGUACCUCUCGAAAUUUCCCCAGUUUAUAUUCUGAACAAGCCCAAGAAAGACUGAAGGAAAGUUUAUAUCACAGGUGGGUGGCCCAUGAGAGUCAAAACAAAACUAACUGCAAUUCUCAUCUCCUUCUGAGGCAGUCGCCACUGUUUCCACAAGAAGAGAGAAAUUUGAAAGAUAGUACCAUGGUUUCCUCUUUGACACCAGAAGUCAAAAUAGAUAGCAAGCCUCCAGGUAAUGAAGAGAUUGGACUUAGUAUGUGGUUAUGUGACUCUGUAUCAGGUACAAAGGAGAGCCCUUCUGUGCAGUCCCAAAAAACUGGUUUUACACCCAAUAAAGCAAAAUUUGAAAAGGUGAUUCCAGAUAAUCCUAAUAAAUCUCAGCUUGAUCUUCAUGUGAAAAAUGACUUUCUUCCCUCAGUGACACAGAGAGAUCCACUUAGAAGUUACAGCUGCAGUUAUGAACAGAUUCCAAGGAAUGAAAAGCUAGCAGCAAAGAUUGAUGAAUUUAACAGAACUGUCUUCAGAACGGACAGAAAUUGUCAAGCAAUACAGCAGAGUCAAAAUGAUUCAAAAUCACCUGAUGAUCUCAACCUUCUUGAUAUCUCUCUUGCUCAUAGAGGUGACAUGCCAGAACAUGACAGUGGGACUAGUGGUUUGAAAGUUAGUGACCACACACAUGGACCCAUAGAAAAUGUGUUCAGUGAUUCUGCAAAAGUCUCUGUAACAGGCCCAGUCAAACAAACACAGGCAUGUACGAGUCCCAGCAGCUAUCAGCUCAUGUUCCAUGAGCAUGAUUGGAGACCAAGCAAUUUUUCUAGCCGGCCAAGGUCAGCUGAUCCCAGAUCAAAUUACGGUGUUGUGGAAAAGCUGCUGAAAACCUAUGAGACAGAGACAAGGCCUGCGCAGCAAAAUUCAAGAUGUUUCAGAGAUAACUGGACCAAAUGUGGUUCUGAUGAAUCCAUAGCAGUGAAAGCCUCGAAUGGAAAAGGAUUUUCCCGACCUGCCAGACCAGCUAAUCGCCGACUCCCAUCCAGAUGGGCAUCGAGAUCGCCAUCCGCACCCCCAGCCUUACGGAGGACUGCCUACAGCUAUAAAGUCUCUCUGCAAACCGAAGCCCAGAUGGUCUAGAUGUAGCCUGGAUUGCUGGAUUAUACAAGUUCUCAUCCGUUUGCCAAACUGAAUAUUCAGAGUGUUUGCAAACAAUCCUGUUCUCUUCUGCAACUUUCAAGAUCACUGGGACAAGCAAUCGAACCCUAACUUUCCAUCGGUCUUCAGUGUUUUUAAUCUGUGGGAUAAUUAUCUCCUUGUACUUUAAUUUCUUAGAUUAGAUUUUUUUAUUGCCAUCCUCAUUGACUUUCCAAAAUGAUUUAAGUUGAAACAAUGUACAAUAUUGUAUAGUCUAACUUUCUUGCAAAUGCAGAAAACAAGAUUCUGUGCAUGGCCAUGUGUUUGUAGGUGCAUGUAUUGUCAUAGGAAUGUAUUUAGGUAAAAAAUUAUGUGCUAGUGUUGACCUUAAAUUAUAACAUGUAGACCUAUAUAUUCUUUGUGUUUAUUUUAAAGUUUUGAAAAUAUACAAUCCUAUUUAUAUUUUGCAUACCUUUUAAUAGGUAUAUACCUAAGGCAUUUGACAUUCAUAUAUUAUUUAAACACUUUCUUGGUCACUAACUACAUUGAAAAAUGAGAAUUAUACAUGAACCAAACAUUAGAAGUUUUCCAGAAAUCAAUUUUAAACAGCAUCUUAACCCAUAUGGAGGUAACUGAUACUAUUGAUUUCUUGUUUAAAUGAAAACAUCACAAGUAUAACAUAUCAGUCUUCUAAAACAGGUAUAAGAUGCUCAUCCGUGUUUUUGUAUAUCAUCUGGUAGUCUCACUUGGCUUUAACUGUAUACUUGAUUCUUGGAGCCAGUAUCGUAAGACUGCCUUAAUAAUAACAGGACAAAAUAAUGAAUUUCUUUUGUUGAUUUCAGUAACAAACCUUCCUUAAAUGAGAUGCAGAAAAGGAAUUAAAUUGUGCUGAAUUUUACUUUUUGUUAAAAUUGUGGUAAGUUUUUAAGUUUAGCUACUUUAUUUGGAGUUCUUUCUCUGCGGAGGUAAGUCACUUGUUUUGAUUUUUCCUUUUUUCUAAGUUUUUCCCAAUAAUUAGAAGAUAAAAGACUAAUUCCCAUUUUUUAUAAGGAGGAUGAUCAGGAACAACCUUUCAUUGAUAGCUAAACUAUAUUGCAUUUCUUAUCCUGUGUAAAGAGGCCUUAAACUAAAUUUUGGCAUUUGUGGUCAAUGUGACCACCUAUAUAUAUCACAGCUACAAUUUGCUCACACCAGAUGCAUGAAAGCUAUAUUGAUAAGUGGCAUAGGAGAAGUAGGAAAGUUGAGAUCCUCAGAAUCUUACAUGGCCGAUCUUAAAACAACUUUGUUGUAAAUUGUUCUCGUUUAAGAGCAACUGUGUUACAUGGUUAGUACUAAUCUACUUCACCCAAAAAGAAAUUCUCAUGCCUAGCAAAUUCAGUGGGCUUUCUCCUUAUGAUACUGUAGCCACUAAAAGGAAUCCACCUUAUUAUUCCAUUCCUUGAAGUAAAAUAGGUAAUUUGUAAAUCACAGAUUGCCUUAAAAGGCUUGAGACUGUGGCGUGGUGAUGGCUAGAUUCGUGGUUUACAGUAAAAGGUUUCCAGGGCUUAAGUGGAAUUAAGUGUCUAGAGUGUGAGUUUGGCACACGUAGUGAAGGUUAUAGAUCCACUCUCUCAUUCUUAAAGGACUUUUUCCUACCACAGGAGAGCAGCCAAUAAACUGGGUGUUAAUUGCUCUAUACUUUAAACCCUAGAGACGAGAAAACCCUGGAAAAGUGGUUCCUUGGGUUAAAAUGAUAAGCUAAAGCUAUUGCUGUGUUCACAUCUGUUUCCCUGAACCCCUGUAUCCCAGGCAGCACCUCUGUGUCCCAGGCAGCACCCCUGUAUACCAGACAGCACCCCUGUAUCCCAGGCAGCACCCCUGUAUACCAGGCAGCACCCCUGUAUACCAGGCAGCACCCCUGUAUGCCAGGCAGCACCCCUGUAUCCCAGGCAACACCCCUGUAUCCCAGGCAGUACCCCUGUGUCCCAGGCAGCACCCCUAUAUCCCAGGCAUUCUGGGAUUGAUCAGUAGCCCCCUGUCUCUGCUGUGUUCAUGUCUGUUUCCCUAUGUCCCAGGCAGUGUCUCAGGCAGCACCCCUGUAUCCCAGGCAGUCUGGGAUUGAUCGGUAGCCCCUUGUUUCUAUGCUCAAGCCAGAAUUCUGAGCUCUCCUUUAAAAAUGGGAAGGCCUAAAAAUAAUAAAAAUAGAUUUCUAGCAGUGGGGACCUGGGAUUCCUGGAAUCUUUAAUAAAACAAAACAAUGUAAUAUAUUUGAUGGCCAGGAUGAUUUGGAAACAGGGGUACUGACUAGAAACUGAGAGGAUUCAAACUUUGGAUAAUAUCUUUCAUCACUUAAUACUUUUCUUUGUUAUCAAAAAAAGAAAAAAAAACAAAAAUAAUUACAUUGCCAGGCUUUGUAAGUUUAAGCCCGCCUUUUCUAUUAUCAUUUGAAUAAACCAAUGGGACCAUUUUAAUAUCUUAUAUUAGCUUGAAUCAUAGAUUACUACAACUGAAAAGUUAGCGUUUAGUCCAACUCCUGGAUUAAAGAACUGAAGACUAAAACAAAUUGACUAGUCUAUGUUCUCUUUUAGAGCUAUUUAUAAAUUUUAUGAAAAAAACAGAUAAAUGGAAAUUAUUAUUGUUGACAAUUUUUUCUUUUGAAUUCUUGUGAUUUGUAACUGGUCCUUUUUCUAUUCUGGGUAGACGUUUUCUUCCCUAAAGCAUAACCUUUCAUUAUGCCACCAUCCCUAGGUUUAAGGAUAUGUGUAACCAUUUACAGGAAUAUUUCGUUAGGAAUAUCUACUUAGAAAUGUUUUCCCUAGUAGCUUUUGAAAAAAUGAAAAAAAGUCUUAUUUUUCCUCUUUUAUAAAGGAUUAUUGAAACUUCUAACUGAUCUUCUAGCAGACUACUUGAGGUCAUAUCUCUCUCUCUCUCUCUCUCUCUCUCUCUCUCUCUCUCUCUCUCUCAGUGUGUGUGUGCGUGUGUGUGAAUGUGUUUGCACUUUCAUGUACAUUUUUAAUAUGCCUUAUAUCCCCAAACCAAAUAGAAAAAUAUAAGUGAUAAUUUGUCUUAUUUACCACUUCAAACAUGACCAAGAGCUUUCUUUUGUCCAUAUAAGAAAUGAAGACUAUGUUUUAUUUUGCUAACAUUUCCCCAAAGCGUGAUUUACUGCUACAUAAAUGAUUUAAACAGGUACCACAAAGUCCC